CCUAACACGUAACACAUCACCCACCACAAUGACCAAGGGAAAGCCCAAGAGCGCCAAGAGCAACAAAUCGGAGAAGAAGGACAAGAAGAAGAAGAAGAGCGCCUCAAACAAGGACAACAAGUCACUGAAGAAGAAGAGCACUGACGGCGGCGGCGGAGGAGGCAAAGCAGCUGGGCCAGCUGGCGAUCACGAUGCGGCCAUCGCCACUAACCGAUCUGCCCUCGAACUGAUCGUCAGCAUGGUCGAGGCAAUUGACCCGGCCAACAUUGACGGGAAGGCUAAAGCAAAGCUGCUGGAGGUGUACAAGCUGACGGAGGGCGUUCAGGGGAGUUCGGCCUUUAAGAAGGGAGGCAAGAAGGGAGGAUCACCGCCACCACCAGCGGCUGGGCCGGUUCCGUCGGCGGCUCCUGCCAAGUCACCAUCGCCACCAAAAGAUGGCCAGGGAAAGGGUGGUGAAGGAAAAGGUGGUGAUGGCAAGGAUGAUGGUAAGGGUAAUGGUAAGGGUGAUGGCAAGGACGGACCACCUCCAUCUACAAAAUCUCCUCCACCUGAAACUGGAAAGGGCUCACCGCCACCGGAAAAGGCAAAAGACGCUCCUAAAUCUCCCAAAUCUAGCGGUGGUGGUGAGCCAGGAGGGGGAGGCGGCAAGGAGCCCGUCAAAUCGGGUGAAGGAAAGUCGCCCCCUCCAAAGUAG